UGCUAAAUCCUUUGCUUUGCUUCAAAAUGGGCUGAUGCUUAGCGAAACUGCCUUGCCACAGAAUUUAUCUCCCUUUUACACGCGUCGCCGAAACUGCAUUUCGUUUUCGAGACUUGGCUGCUUGCAUCACGACAAGUCAAUCCUUCCACGGGUAGAGUAGAAAACUUAAGCUUAGAAUCCUUUACAUUAACUUAACUGAUGAGCACGAAAUCAGGUUUGACGAGACCAGAGACCCGCAACCGCCGCUGGCCUCUUGCUACCCGACAAAACGCGGUAUCGUAGUACGCACCCUCGGUUAAUAGCAGAAGGAAACAAAAGAAAUACAGUAUGCUGCUGGCAGUACAGUCCCGGCGUCCAGACGUCCUGUCCAGCUGCACAUUCAGGACUGUAGGAGUAACUCGCAUCUGCAGUUUCAGAAAGGGAGGCGCGCACAUGGCGACCCUUAACUACGCGCGCUGCUGCGGUGCCACUGUGUACAGCCUUCCGACCCGCCUCCGGCGCGGCGCUGAUGAAACUCUGAGUGGAAGAAAUGACCUCGUCGUGGCCCGCCCAUGUCGUCGUACCUCGGCAAGCGUGGUGUCCUAGGAGAUCUAGCCGCGCUGCUCUGCGAGAGCGCAGCAAUGGCAGGGGCGCUGCUGCUGCUGCUGCUGCAGGGGAUUCAGGGAGGUGGCGGCGGUUCUUCCGCUGACACCGACUAUGAUACGCCCAGCUUUUUCUCCUGGCGGCGAAAUCAUUUGGACGAGGAGCGCAUGCAUCCUUUCCUCGCCAGAGUAUUGGUUCGACCUCAGCUCCAGGCAAUGGUAGUGUGUCCGUUCCUAUGGCAAGCUGACACAGGCUCCCGCUGGCCACGCCCAUGCUUGCGGUUUUCUAAUUCCUGAAGUGGAUGGAAUCGUUUUUCGAAAAAAAGAAGUGGAUGGAAUCUUCCCCCUUUUGUUUUACCAGAGAGAGAGAGAGAUUGAUCAUCCUGGCUCUCUUCCUCUCUCGUCCGUCGCCCCCUGCCCCUUCGUCCAAACCUAAAGCCAUGACCAGGUCUUGGCGGCCAACCUACGCGAUGCAGCCUCCAUAGCUGCAUUGCUGUCCAAUGCCGAGCGCAUCAAACGGACGAGAUGCGUGCUCCUUCAUUUCUGUCGUUGUACCGUGCUAGCUAGGCUUGUAGCAGUAAAUCACAGGACGGCUGCAACAUCCAACGAUCAGUCGAUCACAUUAGAGCCUAUCAGAAUUCAAACCAGUUGCGAGAGAGACGACGAAAACCACAUGAAAAAAGAAUGGGAGCCGUCGCUCCGCCGCCUGCUAAUCAUGCCCUAAUCUUUCGGUUAGCGACGUCCAAUUCGUUCUAGAAAACCGAGACAUGUCGCCGUUUCCAUCAUCCAUCAUGCACUGAUGGCGAACUGGAUCCUUUCAUGAACACAAAAGCCCUCUUUCCACAUAGAAAGCUACUGGUUUCCCCACAUCAAAAAGAGUUCACACGCAGUUCCCUGUUGGCGGUGUGGACCUACGCUAACGGCAUUAAAAUGGGGCCUGCUUUGCUUAACCACCGGAUGCUCACUAAACAUCGAGGAAGCGUGCAGCUUGGUCGCCGCAAUUAUCAUCAUCGUGUCUUCCAGGUUAGGGUCGUCUAACCUGCAAUGAUUUGGGGACAGGGACGACACGGCAGGUUGCGCUCUGCUAGCUCCUGCGUAGUAGUACGCGCAUAUUUAAUUGCUGUCUGAUGUGCGCCACAGUAGGACUGAUGGCGACACAAAUCCGAUUGGUUAUUCAUCCUGUUAGGAUUCGACCGUACUCGCGCAUGCUUGUCCCCCCACUUCUUCGAGGUAAUGGUAGCAAUUGGAAAAUUAGUGCAAAUUAAAGUAGCAUUUGGAGUAGUAAAAAUAACAAAUUUAACUCAAGCAAGAGGUUACCCUUUUAUUAAAGUAAUUAGAGCAACACUUAACUCGUGAAUUCCACUCAGCCAUGGAGUUUUGAAACGUCGGGACUUUGGAUUCCUAGAGCUGAAAGCUUCGAUGGAUAGAAUUAUAGAAACAUCAAGUGAGCAUUUUUAGUAAGGAAAAUGUGUGGAGAUGGUAAUGGAAUUUGGCAUUUCCUUAUCUAUCAGUGAGCAUUAUUCACUACUUAGCUUAUAAUUAGCAAACAAUUUGGUUUUCUAAAACCACCCCUUUAAGAACAACAAACUUUGAAUUCCAAUGUAAAAACAAUAUUUAAUUUAAAUUGAUGUUCAGUUUGCACUAAUGAUUUGAAUUUCAUGUUGAGAAUUGCACUCGUUAAGAAACAGACACGGGUGUGCCCGUGGAUUUUUUUAAGUUGUGAUUUUGAAUUCUAAUAGCCAAAAGUUUCGACAAGUACAAAUAUCUAGUUGAAUAGCAGAAAACUAGGGGGACCAAAAUCAUCUCCAUUUCUUAGAAUUUGUGAAGAUCAAGUUUGCCCAACUACAGUUUGGUCAAACUCUUGAUCCGCCAGAUCCUGUGAUGCUACAUUUUAGCCGACUAGUCAAGCUUAGGCACUUGAUCAGUGGGGUGAUGCGAUGCACAGUGGCAGACAAAACCCACAGCAGAUCAGAUACUACCAGAUCCCUCCUACUCCGACAUGUCUCGCUCGUGCCCUCCUCCUUCCUCUCCAGCUACUUCACCCUGCGGACAUACGUUGUCAAGAUCGAUGACUCACCGUCCAAUAGAAGAACAACCGAACGAAAAGGAAAAAAAAAGAAUCAUUUUCCAACACAUUUUUCUUGAAGUACUGAAUCGGAGCCCGAGGGCCAGGGCAUUAUCCGCGCCUGUCCUUGGCAUCAUCUGUGCAGUACUUUGGCCACUGCCCACUAGAAAGUAGAAAUCCAUCCAUCCAUGGUCCAUGACCCAUCCAGCAAGCACCAAGGGGACGACGCCGUGCAGAGCAGCCGGGACCCAAGCCCUUGAAUGAGGCAAAGCUCUGCGCAAAAUCUUAAGUGAAACGGAGCUAAAGCCCGGCAAUUCACUCCGCGCCGGGCCCGCCCUGCCUGCGUCAGGCACUCAGGCCGGGCGGGAGCCCGGCCGGCCGGAGGCCGGAGAUCAGAUUGAGAGAUCCACGGCACGCCACGCCAUGGCGGGGUGGCCUCGCCAGCAUAUCGUCGGCCAGUCGGGCGCUGAUGGGCGCUACAGAUCCCGGCUGUACCCGUCCAACGUGUCCGCACAGUGCCCCUGGACCAGGACGAAAAGCUCCCUGGCCCCCGACGCCGGGCAUGCCGUGUCCUCCGAAAGCAGAGGAGGGAGCAGAACAGAGAGCAGAGGGCAGGAGCAGGACUACAGGGUGAACUGGUAGCGGGCGCCUGCCUACCAUAGCUUCUGCAGGAGUGACUGCCUUGGUCCCUUGGAGGCCCGUAAACCGUUGCCGGUUGCUCGCGAGCUGUCCACACUUCUGAUCUGUCACGGACUCGUUUAACACAUUGGCUUCGAGUUCUGCACUGCAGGUGUGUUAUGGCUUGCAUCUGAGAUCAAGUGUUUUCUUGCUGUACGCGGCGCUUGUUCGGCAGGAGAGUGAUAGAGUCCUGAACUAUAAGGUGUAGUGUAGGAGUUGUUCCGUCUUGGGUCUCGGCGGUCUGGUGUCUGGUCUACUCGAGGUCUCGAGCCCAAGCCACCACUUGACGCCUCGCCAUCCGCCAAAACCUUCCAUUUAUGGAGGGGUUUGCACAUUGCUCGCAUGUGUCCAUGCCCGGGUCUCAGCUCGCAACAUGUGGCGGCGUUCCCGGCCCGCCACUGUGCCGGAAAACGACGCCUUUUCCCCUCCGUCCGCGCAGUCCACCACCGCGCCACUCUACUUAAUUUACUGCCUCCGUUUACUCGCCACAGCCAGCGCCCGCUACCCCUCGAAACCGCAAAGCCCGCUGCGAAUUUGUUGUGGUGUGAUGCGGUGACGCCAUGGCCGUCCGUCUGGCCGGGUUUUCUCCAGUUGUUCUUCAGCUCACGGCGCUCGCUCCUACUCCCCGUCAUGGACAGGCUGCAGCGGCAUCGGCAUGAGGAGGUGACCGCCGGAGGCGCCGGGGCUCGUCGCGGCGGCGGUGACGGUAGCGCGAUGUCGGCGAGCCGGCGCGGGCGGUUCUACCACCACGACGGGCACGGCGGCGGCGGCGACGGGUGCGGGCCGGCGGCCGCGACCGUCCCGGUGGUGGACCAGGCGGACUGCACGGCGCAGACGUGCCGGUCCUGCGUGGCGGUGACUCUGGCGGACGUCAUCGCGCUCGGGUGCUGCCCGUGCGCCGUGGUCAGCCUGCUGGGGCUGGCCUUCGUCAAGGCCCCGCUCGCCGUGGCGCGCCGCUGCCUGCGCCGCCUGCGGCGGCGCCACGGCGAGCUGCGGCACAAGAAGCGGGUGCGCGACAUGAACCCCGCCGCCAAGGCCAAAUGCCGCGCCGGCGCCGGCCGCGGGGCGCUCGAGGCGCUGGAGCUGGACGCCUUCGCCGCCGCGGCGAAAGGCGUCGGGGGCUUGGAGACGGACGCCCGCGACGAGGCGGCGACGCGGGCCGCGCAGGCGAGCAACUCGUCGUCGGGCAGGCUCGACGCCGAGAAGAUGUGGAUGGAGAUGUACCGGGUGGGGCACUGGGGGUUCGGCCGCCUGUCCAUCUCCAUGACCCCGCCCCCGCCCGCGAGGCCCGGCUGCGCGGCCGCAGCCCGCAGCGCCGACGGCGGGAGGAAGGACGCGGACCUGUGGUGCGACUCGUGACAGGCGAGAAACCAUCCGCGCCGUCCCACACUCCGCUGCGCGUUCUCCCUCUCUGAAAGGUUUGCCGCCGGACGAGCACGGCCGCAGCCACGGUUGGUGCAUGCCGUCGCGGGCGGACAGCGCCGUGGCAAUGCCGGGAGCUCGGGAAGCAGAUGCUCUGACUCUGCACGGUAAAGUCAAGAGUCCAUGGUCCGUGACCGUUUCUUCGAGGGGAAUCGGCCGCCGGGGGGAAUCCUUGGUAAAAUCGCCAUGAUUGGAGCCGGGCAUGGGGAUUGCUGCUUGAUUCGCGCGGCCUUGGCGGCAAGCUCGCCGCGUCGCGUGCGCCGCGCAGCCCCAAACGAACAAUUCAGUGCACAGCGGCAAACCCGGAGGACCUGCUUCUGCAGACUGCAGUUCCGCUUGGUGGUCUGAUCGUCUCCAAGUGGCUCUGUUCCAUCCAUUUUCUUCUUCAUCAUCUUCUUCUUCUGGUUCUGUGAGCUCGGCCUGUAUUUCUACAAGCUGUACAUAAUUUUAGCGGCCGGGUUCUCCAGGUUGCUGGUUUUUGGCGGUCGUCUAUGUACAUAACCGUUUUCUUUUUCUCAGAAAGAUUGUACAUCCUUGGCUCGAAUCGGAUCAGACGGUUUGCUGAAGGCAGGUGCAUCCGAUUCACACCCGAUCACUACCGCCUGACCAAGCGCGCGCGUGCAAAUUUUUGUCGGUUGCAAAUAACCACCACGAGGAACUGACA